AUGGAUUACAUAACACGCAUCUUUUCUCAGAAACUGGAAACUGGCUCCACGGAUUCUCGUCCGAUCUUGGUGGACGCCGACCGUCCGAACCGCCAAAUCUCGCGGCACGAGUACAUCUCCCUGGUCAAGCGUAUAGCCGUCGGCCUGCAGCGUUUCGGCGUCGCAGACCAGGAUGGCGUCGGUCUUCUCAGCGAAAACGACAUUUACUACUACGUUCUCGGCGACGGCGCCGUCGCCGCGGGGGCCGUGUACUCUGGCAUCCCGACCUUUGUCAAGCAGGCCGAGCUUGCCACCGCCAUUCAAGCGGCUGGGCUGAAGUGGCUCUUUGUCGCGCCCGAGUUUCUGGAUCUUGCGCUGGCGACGGUCCAGAGCCUGGGCCUGCCGCUGAGCAUGGUUCUCGUGUUUGACCCCCCGGGCCUGGCGCCUUAUAUCGGUCCGCAGGCGAGCCUUAGCAACAUUAUCGACGACGGCGGUGUCGACGAGGCGAGCUUCCGCAAUGCCAACGAGGGCAAGGACCCGGCCACGCGCGAAGCGUUUCGCUUCUUCACCAGCGGCUCCACGGGGUCCGUCAAGGCGGCCGUCAUGAGCCACCAGGCAUCGUCGGUGAGAGCCGACAUGGUUGCCGCCUUUCCGUCUUCAGACAAGCCUUUCUUACUGGUGAUUGGCAUGUUUCACGUCAGUGGCGCGCUGAUUCACACGCGUGCUUGCUUGGGUAGCUUGCCUGUCUGCGUCACCAAGGCCUCGGACGCCGCGACUGUCGUGGAUAAAAUUCAGUCGCUCGGAGUAGGCGCCACCAUGAUUACACCGCGUCUCAUGGACAUGAUUGCGCUGAUGCUCAACUCGGAGAAUGACCUGCGCCAGUCCCUGUCCUCGUUGCAGCAGGUUUCGUUUAUAGGCGCGCCGAGUCGUCAAGAAACAGUCGACAUGUUCCGGAAGAUCCUGCUCGACAAAGCAAUCAUGACAACUGGAUAUGGGUCAACGGAAUUGCCUGGAAUCACCUCGCGCGUUAUCGAUGACAACUGGGCUACUGGCUGCGUUGGCCGGCCCCCGCCUUCAACGGGCCUCAGGAUCGUGGAUCCCGACACUCUGCAAGAGGUACAGCCCGGUGCCGCUGGCGAGGUGUGUGCUCGCAGCGCGGCCUGCUUCAGCGGAUACUACAACAACGCAGCAGCGACCGAAGCCGCGUUUCUGCCCGGUGAGCCGGGCUGGUUCCGCACCGGCGACAAAGGUGUCUUGGACCCAGAGAGCGGACUCCUCAAGCUGGUAGGACGCUUCAAAGAGAUCUUCAAGGUUCGGUACGAGGAGGUCGCGCCGGCCGAGGUGGAAGGCGUGCUCCUGCAGCACGGCGACAUAACCGACGCGCUGGUGACAUCGACGACGGCGCGAGAUGAUGAAAAGGACAGAGAGUGCCUGGCAUACGUUGUUCGGCGUACCGGCGCGCAGCUGACUGCGCAAAAGGUUGUCGAUUUUGUCGCUUCCAAACUCGCGGUGCACAAGGCGCCGACGGGAGGGGUACUGUUCUGUGAUGAGAUUCCGCGUGGAACCAUGGGAAAGGCGUUGAAGAAUCAGCUGGAAAAAGUGGUUCCUCUACCCGAAUCGGCGAGGUUUCUUGAGGCUCAUGAGUAG